AAAUACAAUUAAUUACUUUGUAUAUGCUACUGUUCAGUUUCUAGCUAUUGAAGGAGUACGAUAAUAUGGUCCUCAAAACAGUCAUCUUCCUCUUCUUCACCAUUCUCUUAGUUACUACAAAGGUUUCAACUCGUGAGUUUGAGAAUGAAGAUGUAAAGGAGCUGAAGACAUCAACUCCCAGCGAUGUGCAAACUCCACCCCUUCCAGUAAACAAGGUUUAUGAUGACGAGAAGGAGAGUAGCUUUGAUCGUUUUUUUAAAUGGAUUACUGACCAUAUUUUGCCCAAGCCAAAGCCGGAGACGCCAGUGAAUCCAACGCCAAAUCUGCCACAAAAUCCGAUGCCGACGUUGUCGCCACCUUUAAACACUGCACCACCACCACUAGAGAACGAUGAUGAAGACGACGGUGAUCAGACACCAUCUUCCCCAUCUCAAGAUAAAUUACCGACGGUUACAUCUCCUAUUGUGAACAAGCAACUAUUUCUUGGUCAUGGAAUUGGUGGUAAAUAUGGUCGUGGAUUUGGUGAUUGUAAGACGGGGCCAUGCAGAAACCGUCCAUAGACAUUAGACAGAUGCAUGAUAUACUGUGAACGCUGCUGUGUUCCACUCGGACAAUCUGGCUACACUCAAAUUAGGAUACAAGUCAUAUAUGCAACUAACGUCCUUAAAAUAAAAUUUGCCAUUUUUGUUGAACAA